AUGAGUUCCACCGGAGGCAUCACCAGCCGCGGCAAGGCGAAGGCGACCAAGUCGGUGUCGCGGUCGUCCAAGGCUGGGCUCCAGUUCCCCGUCGGCCGCAUUGCGCGCUACCUCAAGGCAGGCAAUGAGCAUGCUCUGGGAGUGUGGAGGAAGGGGAAGGGGAAGGAGUAUGGCGGGGAAGGGGAAGGCGGAGGAGGUGUACGUGGCGUCGAUCGACCAGGGCACCACCAGCACCAGGUUCAUCAUCUACGACCGCCAUGCCAGCCCCGUCGCCUCCCACCACCUCGAGUUCAAGCAGCACUACCCGGAGGCCGGCAGGGUGAUCAGGUUGGGGGGCUGGUGUCGGACGGAUGGACCAACGACACCUACAACAUGUACAUCAGCUCUAUGGAGGCGUCCUUCAUGCAGCAGCUCUGUGGCCAGCAGCAGCACCACCACCACGCCACUCCCGACAGGGGCAUGAUCCAUGUGGGUAGUGGCCAUGGGCUCAAGGUGCUCCAAGAGGGAGCCUCUGAUACCCUUGGGUGUAAGAAGAACGUGCCUCGCCCGCAUGAUGUUGGUCCACGAGGCCUGCUCGAGGAUCCGUGGGCGAGUUGUUUCAAGCCGCGUGAUUCCGCUAUGAAUCGUCGUGGUGAUGGGGUUGGUGCUUCCGAUGGUGAAUCGGGCACCGAUACAGUUCAAGUGAUGGCUCCGAAGCAUGGAAGAGGAGUGAGCACUUGCGUCAGAGGAAAUCCUAUUGACAGAACCUCAGGUUGUUACACUUUUCAUCUUGUUUGCUGA